AUGGCGAGCUUGUUCACCGAAACCAUCACGGCCAUGAGCGCCGUCUUCACGCCUCCCGCCGACUGCGCCAAUUCAUGGACAUACGAAGAUGAAUAUUACAACUCGGUUGAGGGAGGCCUCCUCAUACAGAACAUGGACUCGACAAGCCGCGACACUAGCUGUUUUCCAACAGGCUUUUCCGGCAACGGCAGAGCACCCUCCUCGAUACAAGUCUACAGCCCCGGUGCAUGUCCCGAGGGCUACCAAACACCCGGCCAAUUCCAGAACGAUGGCACUACCACUGCUAUAUGCUGUCCCUCAUCCUUCUCUUACGGCAGCACCUACUCCACCAUCAACUUCUACUCCGACAGCUCCGUUCUGUUUAUGGGCUGUGUGUCUGCAUUCUCCGGUACCACCACCGUCUCCGCGCGCGGUAACGACACGGAAAUAGAAGUCUCGGGCGAUAUCUCCAUGUGGGCGCAACCCAUCACUAUCGAGUAUCGAGAGCGCGACCUGAGUCUGUUUGGUUCCGACACCACUUCGGCCGGCACCUCUGAGCCAACGACAGGAAGCACCAUUCGGACGACGGAUCUACCAGCCCCAACUGCGCCAGCAUCCACGACGACGACCGACGGCGGUGGAAGCUCACCGUCAGAAGAGGCGCAAGACUCGGGUCUCUCGACCGGCGCCGUCGCAGGCAUCGCGGUCGCAGCCUGUGUAGUGGGCCUCGCGUUGAUCACAGGGCUCGUGUUCUUCAUUUGGCGGAAGCGUCGCGCAGCUCGCGGGCGGAAAGAUAACGGCUUGAGCGCCUAUAACGCACAGGACAGCAAGGAGCCGUACCGCCAACCGCACGAUUGGGAAAGGAGGGAGCUCGACGGUAGUCAGGCCGCCGAGUACCGCCCUGAGCUGGACGGUGCGGCAAUUGCGGCGAGAGGGAACUCCGGGAUCAGGCAGCGGCCAGGUGAGGUUAGUGAGCUGGAGUGA